AUGGCCACAAACGACAAGUACGAUCGACAACUCCGUCUAUGGGGUGCCAAGGGUCAACGUGCCUUGGGAGAUACUUGCGUGGUUCUGAUUGGAGGCACUGCGGCGGGAACUGAGACUCUCAAAAACUUGGUCUUGCCCGGGAUUGGUUCCUUUUGCGUCAUUGACGAUGUCUUAGUGAGCAAGGAAGAUGUAGCCAGCAAUUUCUUUGUGACUUCUACUUGUCAAGAAGAACCUACGAUUGGCAAAAAAGCAAGAGCGCAAGUCGCCUGUGAAAAUCUGCAAGAAUUGAAUCCAGACGUACUCGGAGCCUUUCAGAACGUACCCAAGCUGCAAGACAUUAAAGACUGGAAGGAGAUUCUGUACAAGGAAACCAAUUCUAGGCAAAAGUUGCUAGUCAUUGCCAGCGAUUUGGACCCACUAGUCUUGGAAACUUUGUCGGCCCAAUGCAGUAGUUUACAGUUGCCCUUGGUCAUGGUCCAAUCCUACGGACUUAUGGGAUGCGUCAAAUUGCAACUGUCGGGCAAGGUCCCUCUCUUGGAUCCCAAACCAGCCAAUGCACCGCCUGACCUAAGACUCAAAAAGAGUUUUCCAGCCCUCGAUGAAUUUGUUCAGUCGAUUGGCGAUUUGAGCAAAUUAGAAUCCCACGAACAUGGUCAUGUUCCGUACCCCAUCGUAUUGCGCAAGGCCAUUGAAGCGUGGCGGGCCUCGCAUGGGGGACAAGAUCCAAAAACUUUUCCCGAAAAGAAUGAAUUCAAGGACUCCAUCAAGAACAUGAGUAGAGAUAUUCACAAGGAGGUCAAUUUUGAAGAGGCCAUUCAACACGCCUAUUUGGCCUAUACAGAGCGGGAGGUCUUUCUCCCAGAAGAUUUGGUGGGUGGUGAUGAUUCUAGCAUGUUGGCCAAAUUGUUUCAGGCUCUUGAUACCUUUCGCGAGAAGCACGACGGCCGUCUGCCAUUGAAUGGGGCAAUUCCGGACAUGACUGCCUCCACCAAUCACUAUGUCAAACUGCAAUCAAUUUACAAGACCCAAGCCGAACAAGACUUGCAGGAAAUGAAGGAUUUAUGUCAGGACUUACCAGAAGAUGCUAUUCAAAGCUUUUGCGCCAAUGUCUUUUCUGUCACCCAAAUGAGCACUCGUAGUUUGGUGGAAGAACUAACGUCCCAACCCGAUGAAGAAACCAUGGACGAUUUGAAAAUGAGCUUGAUGGAUCCGUACGAGGUGGAAGCCCAUACUCCACUAUUGUGGUAUUUGGGACUCCGGGCGUGUCAUGCGUUUUUCAAAAAGCAAGGACGCUAUCCGGGUAUGAAGGAUGAUGAAUCUUGGGAGGCCGAUGCCCCUCUGUUGGAAGAGGAAUACAAGGCCGUGGCCUUGCACUAUGGCUUGGCCGACGAGGGCUUGGUGAAGUCGAAUCAGGGAGAUAUUUGUCACGAAUUGACUCGAUAUGCCAAUGCGGAACUUCACAAUGUAGCUUCGGUCGUUGGCGGAGUCGCCUCCCAAGAGGCUGUCAAAAUCAUUACGGGUCAAUACAUACCACUCAACAAUACAUACCUAUUCAACGGCAUUGUAGGGGUAGGAGGACUGUACAAAUUCUAA